ACACAAAAUAAUGUCCAUAGUCUUAGAUAUUCCAUAAAUAACGGUAAAUACUAAAUAGAAUAAUAAAUGUUACGAAUCCUGUCUCUUCCUAAACGGCUCGCCAUGUCCAGCGAUGCGUCUCCUUUAUUAACCCACCUGCUGCCUCUCCUCCACCCCGACUCUCUCUCCAUUUUCCUGUUGAAGAAGAAGACAAUCACUCCUAGACAAACUCCUCCUUUCAUGCCACUUUUUCCUCAUUAAAUAGCACCCUCUCUCUCGUGCUCUACUAAGUACUUUACUUUACAGUGCCCCCCCUCUAUUUCUUUAAUCUCCAUUAACAUUCCUUCUCUGUUCCUUUCUCUUUGUUUCAUUUCCAGAUCUGUCAACCAAACCCAGUAAACGAAAAUCCCUAAAAACCCAUCUUUGUAUCUUUCCCUUUGUACUCUCUCUUUGCGUUCUCACUAAACUUCACGAAAAUGCCAAGCUUCUUGGUUUCUUUUCUUCUUGUUUUUACCAUUUCGGUAUCUUUUUUAAGUUGUAUUACAGUUGGGGAAGUGGUAACCUGCUCGGGAAUAGUACCGAUGAGGCUCCGGAAUGACAAGAUAUCCAUAGCUGAUUUUGGUGGUGUCGGUGAUGGCAAGACACUCAAUACAAAGGCAUUUAGAGAGGCAGUUUAUAGGAUUCAGCAUUUGAGAAGAAGAGGCGGCACCUUGCUUUAUAUUCCUCCCGGGGUGUAUUUAACAGAAAGCUUUAAUCUUACUAGCCAUAUGACUCUUUACUUGGCUAGAGGUGCUGUUAUUAAAGCAACCCAGGAUACUGGGAACUGGCCCUUAAUUGCUCCUCUGCCAUCUUAUGGAAGAGGGAGAGAGCGCCUUGGCGGAAGGUAUAUGAGCUUUAUUCAUGGAGAUGGACUUCAAGAUGUCAUCAUCACAGGUGAGAAUGGGACAAUUGAUGGCCAAGGAGAUGUCUGGUGGAACAUGUGGAGGCAGAGAACUCUUCUUUUUACAAGACCUAAUCUCGUUGAAUUUGUAAAUUCAAGAGGCAUAAUCAUUUCCAACGUGAUUUUCCGCAAUUCUCCCUUUUGGAACAUUCACCCUGUUUAUUCACGUAACGUUGUUAUUCGAUAUGUUACCAUCUUGGCUCCCCUGGAUUCUCCCAAUACCGAUGGAAUUGAUCCAGAUUCAAGCUCUAACGUCUGCAUAGAAGAUUCAUACAUUUCCACUGGAGAUGAUCUUGUAGCUGUAAAAAGCGGAUGGGAUGAAUACGGAAUUGCUUAUGGUCGCCCAAGCUCCGACAUCACUAUCCGGAGGAUAACAGGAUCAUCCCCAUUCUCUGGAAUAGCAGUGGGAAGUGAAACCUCAGGCGGAGUGAAGAAUGUUCUGGUGGAAAACAUAAACCUCUACAAUAUGGGAGUUGGCAUACAUAUCAAAACAAACAUUGGAAGGGGAGGGUUCAUUAAAAACAUCACAGUCACUGAUGUGUACAUGGAAAAUGUUCGAAAGGGUAUAAAGAUAGCAGGAGAUGUUGGUGACCACCCAGAUGAAAGUUUCAACCCUAAUGCUCUACCAGUUGUUUAUGGCAUCACCCUUAAAAGCAUAUGGGGUGAGAAGGUUCAGCAGCCAGGUUCAAUACAAGGCUUGAAGAACUCCCCUUUCACGGGGAUUUGUCUCUCUAACAUCAACCUUCAUGUUGUUCCAGGGCCCCGAUCCUCUCCUUGGAAAUGCUCCGAUGUAAGCGGAUCUGCCCUCCUGGUGAGCCCAUGGCCUUGUUCUGAACUGACCAGCCCUCAUCAAACUGGUUCCUGUUCCGAUCACUUUUGAGAUCCUCGUGUAUUUCUUUCAUUUUUCUUAAUGUGAUGCAAUAAAACUCACAAAGUUGUUUUCAAAA